AGCAAUAAAGAAUCAAGUAGUCUAUAUUGCAACGUUAAGAGAGUCGAGUCUUUAUUGACAUGAAGGAGCAAAGGUGUUUAUAGUGUUGUGGCCUUGAGGUGAGGAUUCCGUGAUCUUGACUCACUCUAAGGUGCUGCUCUUCACUACUCUGCCCAGUUUUUUUUGUCAAGAUGUCGUGGUUUGGAGGAAGUUCGGAUAAGAAAAUGCAAGAUUGCUUGUUCCAGUUGAAGUUUUGUGAAAAGCAGAUGGAGAGACUGGCAAAGAAGGCGGAAAAGGACCAAAAAAUUCAAGAAGGCAAGAUAAAGAAAGCUCUUCAACAAGGCAAUGUUGAGGGUGCAAAGAUUUAUGCUGAAAAUGCUAUAAGAAAAAAAAAUGAGUCCUUGUCUUACUUACGCAUGGCAUCAAAGGUGGACGCUGUACAGUCUAGGGUUCAGUCAACAUUGGCCAUGAAGGGAAUCACCAAGAACAUGGGUUCUGUGGUAAAAGCUCUCGACCAGGCUCUCAACACCAUGGACCUGCAGAAAGUGUCUUCAAUUAUGGACAAAUUUGAAACACAGUUUGAAGACCUUGAUGUGAGAACUUCGGUGCUUGAAGACAGCAUGGGAGCUGCCACUACUCUUUCUACUCCAAAAGAAGAUGUGGACUCUCUCAUUCAGCAAGUUGCAGAUGAGGCUGGUUUAGAAGUGAUGGACCAGCUGAAUGCACAGUCUAUACCCACUGCCACUCUCACCACUGGUGAGCGUACCACAGACCAAGAAGAUCAGCUCACAAGACGUUUGGCAGCACUCAGAAACUAAGCUGUACAUGAUUCAGCUCCUGUGUUGUGAAAAAACUGACAGGCUUCACCAUCGGGGGAAAGAACAAGCGUCUCUCAAGGGUUCCUUUAUUUUGAGGGAUCCUUUUCCUCUCCUGUCAAGGGAGUGAUGCAGAAGCUGUGUUGCUGAGCAGGAAGUCAAGGGCUGCAUUUGGGCCCACAAUACUGUAUAAAAACAUGAACAAAAAGACCAUGAUUACUAUGAUAAGCAAAGACCAGCAAUCUUUUCUGUAAUCUAGUUACAUAACAUCUGUAUCCUUUGUAUUGAAGAUGCUCAUAAUGAAAGAAGCCAAACAUUGUCUCAAGAAGGUGAUGAAUGUGAAUAAUAUUUUAGAAUGUCAUUGCUAUACUAAGUAUGGGAAGAUGCUAAGGUUAGGUUAGGCAAGAACUUUCUCCCUGUCUCACCUCUUCAUUUAUUCAUUUGUCAGCUCUAGAGAGAAGAGGAAACAAAGAAAAAUAAAAUGUCCAGUCUCUUCUUAAAUUGAUCUUAAUCCCUAUAUUUUGUUUAAAAAAGAGACAAGCCUUAUCUCUCUUAUUUCCAAUGUUAGGGGAUGCAUUUUGAUGCAUAAUAAUUUUUUUUCUUUUUUAUAUCAAUAAAUUACAGAAAUUGCAAUAGAAUAUUUUUAUAUAAAAGUUUGUAAAUUACAAUAAAUGUUUCCUUUACAUUUAUAUAUACAUCUGUAGAACUGAGAUGGUUUGUCAAAGACAUUUCAAGGGCAUAAAGCUGAAGGCUGUACUUGUUGAUUUGAAAGUACAUAUAGAAGUGGUACUUUUCACUUGUGUUGAAAAAUUGAGGGACUUCAGAACCUAGUAGGCCAUGCUAUAGCUUUAAUACACUAAGAAACCCACAUAGAUUAGAAGUUUUAUUGAUACACAUACUUAAUUAUGCUUGGGUGGAAUGCAUUAUUUUAAGGUUUGACAAUAUAUAAAUUAGUUUUUAUUAUUGCAAAGAUGGAAAGUUUUCUGAGAACUAACACAUUCAUUACUGUGUGUAACAUUGGUCACAGUCGCUAAUAAGAACCCAUUUCAAGUGUUCAUUUGUAUUCUUCUGUUGUUAGUAUAUUUCAUGAAAAUCUUCUAUAAGUAUAAGGAAAUUUUAACCAAUAUGAUAUUCCAGUUCAUAUAAACUCACUAGGUACUUAUAUUUUCUGUAAUUCGCAUAUUAAAUGGUCAUUUACAAUCUAGAGGUCGCCAGGUCAUUGUGAGUGGCAACUAGCAUUUAACUUACCCAACUUUUGGCAAGUCCAGUUGUUGGGAAUGCUUUGAACUGUUUGAAUGACAGUAGUUUUGCCUAGGAAUUAUCAGGGUUGUGUGCCUCCAUACUUAAACUUGACAAAUUCUGAAGUUGUGUGGACUGUAAGACCAGGCUAAGUUACCCUUGAAAGGAGUAGCAGACAAGAUAUAUACAUGCACACUUACACAUUCAAACAUUCCUUCAUAUCUAAUACCUACCUUCUUUGUGUACUCUCUUCAGCAGUAAAGAAAAAAAAAAGGUUACACAAGCUAUACAAGGGUUAGUCUAGUUUCCAAUGCAAAACCAUGUUAUUGCCUCGGUGAUUUUUCAUUCUUCAGAGGCAAUGCUAUGUACUGCUGCAUCAUGGCCUUAUUCAUAUGACCUAUGAAAAAUUUGUCACAUUUCAUCCUAUCUUUAAAUUACCAUAUUGCAUUCUUGGUUAACUUAAAAUAGUACUGUAAUAAUGUUUUUAAUUUUCAACACUGGUAGAUUGUGCUUUGUGAAUUCAUCUGGAGUCAGACAGUCAAUGCCAAAUUUUGCUGGCAUUCUAAAGCAUCUGAGGUGGAAUAUUUACUGCAAAUGACCUGACAUGGUGUAGUGGAAAUUACUGUUGUACCAUAACAACAUGCCUCAUGAGAGAGCACUGAGCAUUACUAUUCCCCACCUAUGCUUGUGUCUGAACAUGUUGUAUCUGAUUUCUCAUAUGAUGAUUUUUUAUACAGAUUCAAGAAACUGCCUGAUUUGCAUUAAAAUUGUAUUCCUAAUAAGAUAAAACAAAUACAAAUAUCUAAAAAUG